AUGGAGCACAGCGAGCAGAGAUUCACAUUUGCCACAGCCUUCGUCUUCCUGUUCCUUCUCAUUCUCCUAUCUCAAGUGGGCUCAUCCUCUUCCCAAGUUGUUAAUGGCUCGGUCGGCUGCAACACCGAUUGCCUCGCGCUUCUCUCCUUCAAGGCCCUCAUCUCCGACGACAGACUUGGAGUCUUGGGCAAUUGGGACAGCCACUCCCUUCAUUUCUGCCGGUGGCGAGGUGUGAGCUGCGUCAGCCAUGGCGGGCAACAGAGGGUCACUGCUCUGGACCUGGAUUCCGCUGGGCUGGCAGGUAAGAUUUCUCCCUCCAUAUCCAAUUUAACCUUCCUCCAGAGGCUCCACCUCCCUGAGAACCAAUUACAAGGACCCAUCCCUGAACAGCUUGGCUUCUUAUCCCACCUUCGACAUCUUAACUUGAGUUUUAAUCUCUUGGGAGGGAGCAUUCCACUUUCACUAUUUCAGAGCUGCUCGCUCCGUAACCUCAGCCUCAACUACAACAGCUUGCACGGAAUGAUCCCUCGCCGGAUCAGCCAAUGCUCACAGCUGCAACUGGUUGGAUUGGCUGGUAAUAGGCUCGAAGGUGAGAUUCCACGCGAGCUUGGAAUUCUUUCUAAGCUCGGUGUGCUCUCGCUGCAGAACAACAGUUUCACAGGAAGCAUUCCUCCAGAGAUUGGGAACCUCACAAGCUUAAUCCAGCUUCAUUUGCUUGACAAUCAACUCACCAGCAAUAUUCCUGCUUCCAUAGCAAGCCUCACCUCACUUGUCGAGCUUGAUCUGUCAAACAAUAAACUUGAACAAGGUGUCCCGAGCAACCUCAGCUCAAAUCUGGAAUUCCUUGAUUUGGCAAACAAUACAUUGGAAGGAGCCAUUCCUGUUAGCCUUACUUCUCUGUCGAGCUUGAAAAUUCUCUCCCUCUGGGGCAACCGUCUCACAGGAAGCAUUCCUAAAGAGAUCGGAAGGCUAGUGAAUUUGAGAGCUCUUGCUUUGCAUGAAAACAAGCUUGAUGGCUCCAUUCCACAGCAGAUUGGAAACCUUGUCAGUAUGAGAGGAAUUUAUCUGCAUGAGAACCGACUGACUGGCAGUAUCCCAGCCCAGAUUGGUAAUCUUGUGAAUCUAAGGAUUCUCGACUUGGCUCGCAACAAUCUUUCUGGAUCUAUUCCUCCGGAGGUUGGGAAUCUUUCUAACCUGUUAGAAGCCUAUCUUGACAAUAACCAACUCAGUGGCAUCAUCCCUACUGAGAUUGGAAGCCUUGUGAACCUCACUCUGCUUUCUUUGAUUCAAAAUAACUUGGUGGGUAGCAUUCCAGCGACAAUUGGGAACCUCACUUCUCUUACUUUUCUUGGACUAGCGCUUAAUAAUCUGGGAGGAGUGAUCCCCCCUUCUGUUUGGAACCUCUCCUCUGUUACGACCCUUGAGAUUCAGAGCAACCACUUCCAUGGCUCUAUUCCACCAUACAUUGGCCUCACUCUUCCUCUCCUUGAAACAUUGCACAUCAAUGCCAACCGGUUUUCUGGGUCUCUUCCAGUUUCAUUGUGCAAUGCAUCGAACCUCAACGACAUUCAGCUAUACGAGAACAACUUCACGGGCACAAUUCCGAGGGGUUUUGGAUCGUUACAGAAUGUGUUCCACUUUGAUCUCAGUUACAAUCAACUAGAAGCAAGGAAUAGUGAAGAUUGGGGAUUUUUGUAUGAUUUAACCAAUUGUAGUAGCCUCAGAUUUUUGCAACUAACAGGCAAUAAUCUUGGAGGAGAGUUGCCACAGUUAGCCAACUUCUCAAAAACAUUGGAAUGGUUCGAAAUCAAUGACAACCAUAUAGCCGGAAGCAUUCCAUCAGAGAUAGGGUCCCUUUUUUCUCUGAGUUCCAUACAACUGAACUCCAAUCUUCUCACUGGAACUAUUCCUGAAUCACUGUCAAACCUCUCCAAGUUACAAGUACUGGACUUGAGUGGAAACUUCUUGACAGGGGAAAUUCCAGCAACGAUUGGCAAUCUAACUGUGCUGUUGGAACUUAAUCUGCACUCCAAUCAACUCCAAGGCUUCAUACCUACAGGUCUUGGAAAGUGCCCUGUAGAACUCUUGGACCUCUCCUUCAAUAAGCUAACUGGUACAGUGCCUAAGGAGAUACUGUCCAUCACCACACUCGCCAGGUUACUUAAUGUUUCACAAAACUCGUUGGUGGGAUCAUUGCCUUCUGAAGUAGACAUGAGAAACCUUGUCAAAUUCGACAUGUCUGGCAAUAGACUAUCAGGUAUGAUUCCAAGCUCUCUUGGUGAAUGUCAACAGCUUGAAUACCUGAGCAUGGCAGGGAAUGAUUUUGAAGGUCCAGUUCCUCAGUCGUUUAGUCAGUUAAAGGGGCUUCAAUCACUAGACCUGUCAAGGAACAACUUGUCUGGGCACAUACCCGAAUUCUUCGAAAACUUUAGUUUCUUGAGUUACCUGAAUCUGUCAUUCAACAAUUUUGAUGGCAAAGUUCCCGGAGAAGGCAUCUUCAGAAAUCAGACAACAGUUUCUAUACUAGGAAACAAUAAGCUUUGUGGCGGCGAUCGUAAUCUAAACUUGCCUCCCUGCCUAGAUCAGACAUUGAAAAAGCAUGGUUUGUCUCAGAAGCUAAAACUUGCUAUAAUAAUUGCAAGUGUAAGCAUAUGUGUCAUCUUGCUCCUCUGUUUACUGGGAGUUCUUCAACGGAUAUACAACUCAGAGGAGGGUCCUGAUGCUGAAAAUAUAAAAGAUCCACACUUGAAGGUCUCCUAUGCUGAUUUGCUAAGAGCAACAAAUGAUUUCUCUUUGACAAAUCUGAUUGGGGUUGGAAGCUUUGGUUCAGUGUACAAAGGAGCACUGAAUUGUGGUGAACACAACAUAGUCGCAAUCAAGGUACUAAACCUGCAACAAAAAGGAGCAUCAAAAAGUUUCAUCGCUGAAUGUGAAGCAUUGAGAAACAUCAGGCAUCGAAAUCUAGUUAAGAAUUUAACAGCUUGUGCAAGUACAGAUUUCCGAGGUAAUGAUUUCAAAGCACUAGUUUACGAGUUCAUGCCAAAUGGGAGUUUAGAGAAGUGGUUGCAUGCAGACGCAAAUGAGCAGCAUCAGACAGAGAGAUUAAGCUUCAUUCAGAGGUUAAAUAUAUUGAUUGAUGUGGCCUCUGCACUAGAUUACCUCCACCAUCAUGGCGUUGAGCCAAUUGUCCACUGCGAUAUAAAGCCAAGCAAUGUUCUGUUGGAUGACAAUAUGGUAGCUCGUAUAGGAGAUUUCGGAUUGGCAAAGUUCCUAAACAGAAUUCCUAAGGAGGCACUUCAAAGAUCAUCUAGCUCUAUGAUAUUGAAGGGAUCCAUUGGUUAUGUGGCUCCAGAGUAUGGAGUGGCAAAUAAAGUUUCGCCUGAAGGGGAUGUCUACAGCUACGGAGUCCUUGUGCUAGAAAUGCUCACAGGGAAGCGACCUACCGGUGAAACUUCCAACGAUGGUCUCAGUCUUCCUCGUUACGUUGAAAAGGCAAUUCCUGACCGAGUUGCAGAAAUUAUGGAUCCAUUCAUGAAUUUUUGGCAAGAACUAGAAGAAGAAACAGCUCUACCCAGACAAAACACACAAGAUAUUCGUCAGAAGGCAGUGGAGAGCGUUACGUCGUUGCUCAUGAUCGGCGUUGGGUGCACAAAGGAAUCACCCGAAGAGAGAAUGCAGAUGGGGGAUGUGAUUAGCGAAUUAGCUGCCAUAAGGAAACCAUACCUGGAGCUGAACAUGUAGGAGCGAACAGAGCUUGACACUGAGAAAAAGGGUCCAAUCUUGCAACACACAAUUAAGGUUGCCCGUUUCAUCGUAUAUUUACUUAAUUCUUCGAGUGUCUAAAAUGUUCAUGUACUAAUUUGUCAAAAAUUACACAUAUAUUAUUAAGAGAUC